AGCUGCUAGUCGAAAAAAAAUCUUUGAACGCGACGUACACGCUUCGCUUGUGUAGACGACGGUAGGGCGGAUAAGAAGUGUUGCGCGAGUGUAAUGGUUUUUUUCGCCCAUGAAAAGCCAAUUUUCCGCUUUGUGUUCCGAUGCAGUUUUAACAUAUUUUAAGAAUUUUAACAAAUCGACGCAAUUUCCCUCUUGAGAAAUGCAGUUCAAGUGAUAUUUCAGUGGUGAAAGAGUACGCAAAAGUCACGCGUGUGUGUGUUGAAGGCAAAACGAAUACGAAUGAAUAAAACGAAGCAAAGUCAAAGCGAAGCAAAGUGCAAAAGGCAUUAAACAAAAAAAAAUUAGCACUUUAAAUAUUACACAAAAAAUAUGAAUAAAUAGCAUUAGACGAAGCAAUCUGAAAUUAUACAAAAGUGUAAAAUUCGGUAUAGUGCAUUCAAAAAAUGCCCAAAAAGUGAAAUCCAGUAACAAAAAUACACGAGCGAAUGCAACAGUAGCGCAGAGAGUCAAAGUCGGACACAAAUACGCACACAUACACAAUAUAUUCAUACGCAUACAUGCAAAUGUGCAUGUAUUGAACUUAGUGUGGCCAAGCAGCAAAAACAGAACGUUGUGCACACAGGCACACACGCGUACACCGUACGCACAAACACACAUAAACAAAAACACGUAGUUGUUCUUGUUUUUGUUAUUGUGCUCUGCUGUUAGUUGCGUAUUUCUUUUGUUUUGCUUGGUAUUUAUCGUCAUACGCGCCAUUUCGUUUAUGUUAUUGUUGUUGUUGUGUCUGCGUUUGCGUUUGUAUCGCGCGCAUUGUUGUUGGGCAAGGACGACGAGAACGACAACGACGCCAUCUAUUGGAGCAAAUCGGCGCCAACUUGUCAUUUGACAGCCGCCUGCCGACGAGAUUAAUCGACAAAACCAGCAACAACAUCACUGGAGAAUUGGUGCAAGGAGGUGGAGAAGGAGAACGCCAAAGCUGGCGUGUCAUCAGCUGUAAAGCUGACGUUAACUUUAUAACGGCUGCUGCAAAACGAUUAGAUCAUGGAAACAUUUCGCAAGUGGCUCAACAAGCCUAAGGCUGAUGAUAAAUCGCUACUGGCACGCUUCUACCACGCCGAUCGUUCGCUGACCGCCGUGGCUAGUGAGCUCGACAGUUUCGAUGGACGUGCCGAGCCCGAUCGCUGCACACGUCUGGUCAGCAGACUGCGCCAGAAUCAGGACAAAGUGCUGGCUAUUACCAAUUUGAUUAUGGAGGAGCUGCUGGGCGAGGAGCGUGAUCCACGUGCUUUUCGUGCCAAGUUUCCCGAAGAAGUGCUGCAGGAAAAUCUUGCCGGACAGCUCUGGUUUGGCGCCGAGUGUCUUGCAGCCGGUUCGUCGAUUCUCAAUCGUGAAUCAGAGAGCAAAGAGAUGCGUCCACUCGCUCAGGCGGUGACCAAAAGUCUGGGCAAUGUGCGCGUUCUGUUGCGUGAUCAAUGUCUUCGCAACAAUGUGCCCAACAGUAAAACACUGCACCUGGACUUUAAUGACUCCACCACCGAGCAGCUGUACGAGAGUCUGAAGAUCUUUGAUCACCUGUUUGCCGAGUUCGAGCUGAGCUAUGUGAGCGCCAUGGUUCAGGUGAAGUCACGUCACGAAUAUGAGAUGCAACAGUGGAUCGGUGUGCUCUUCUCGGAGACGUUGCAGCGUGCUCUGAAGACGGGGCUGCUCGAUCAGGAUAUGGUCGAUGCGUUCGAUCCGGGUUUAAUGUUCUCUAUACCACGAUUGGCCAUUGUGGCUGGUUUGGUCAUCUAUGCAAAAGGUCCGCUCAACAUGGAUAUGCCUGGCGAUGAGUUGUCGGAGAUGUUUCGUCCAUUUCGCACGAUUCUGAUCAAGAUCAGAGAUCUGUUGCGCAACCUGAGCAAACAGGAGUUGUAUCAGCUGGAGAAGCUGCUCUGCACCAACGAGGAUAUUAACACCAAAGUGCCGCUGGGAUCGAGUAGCAUUGAGGCACCCAGUCCGGAGCACAACGGCAGCAACAACAACAACAAUAAUAACAGCAACAACACGAACAGCAGCAGCAGCACGGCAACAACAAACAGCAGCAACAGCACAAUAAAUACGCACAAGGCUGUGGAGCGUCUGGUGGAUCAGCGCAACAACAAUAGCAACAAUAACAGUAGCAAUAACAAUAGCAGCAGCUGCAGUGGCCAUCAACAGUCUGGCACUCAGGAUGCAGCUCGCUCUCCGUCCAUUUUGUCGCUAUCAGGCAGCAGCACGCCCACAGCUUCGCCAGCUCCAUCGCCAACGCCCUCACACUCCAUUGCAUCGACCUCUUCGGCAGCGACAACGUCCACGAAUCCGCCAGCCAACUGGAGCGACGACGAUGAUGAUGAAGAUGACCUUGAUGAUGGCGACAACGACGAUGAGCACGCGGAUGUGGAGGAUGAGGAGGAAUGCGGCAUUUUGGAUAGCGAUGAUCAGGACUUGAAUGAUGAUAGCGACAGUGAUGUAGAUGAGUAUAUCGAUGCACAUCUGAAGGCGAUUGUUGCCGCCGCCGAUUGUGCAUCGGGCUAUCUCAUACCAAACACAAAUCUGGGCAAUUUGCUACAGCCACAACAGGUGCCACUCACGGACAACUUCGUGGCCAGCGAAGACGAUGAGUUUGGCAGCACGGCAGCAGACGAUGAGGAGCAGCAUUCCCAGCAACAGGAGCAGGCGCAAGAGCAUCGCGAGGAUGAGCCCAGUACAAGUGCAGCCAUGCUGGCGGCUCGACGUCAUCUGCAGCGUCUGCGACUGAUGAGCAGCAGCAGCGAGAAUGAGCCGAGCAGCAACCAACAAACGACAAUCAAAUCGCCAGCGACCCCAACGACAACGACGGAUGGUCAAGUGACUCAGCGCAGCAAUCGCCAUAGGCACAGUCAUCACAGUCACCACCAUCAUCAUCAUCACCACCAUCAUCACACACACAGUCACAGUCAUGGACACCAUCAUCGCCAUCAGGCGGCUCAGCAAGGCCACAACAGCGACGAGCAUCAGCAGUUCAGCAGUCAUCAUAGUCACACACACAGUCACAGCCAUCAUCAGGCUCAUCCGCAUCGCACAAAUCGCCGUGGCAGCAAACGCUGCAGCCAGGAGCAUUGUGAUGCAACAAAUACCGAGCAGCCCACUGAUCAUAGCCAGGCCAGUGCUGAUACCAGCACAGCGUCCUCGCUGUCAGACGAUGUGUCGUUGGCCAUGCGCAACACCACAGCACGCCUCAAGUUCAAGAGCACUGAGAAUCUGUUGCAUCGUCUGUUUGUGUGCAUUGCUGGCGUGGCCGAUCAGCUGCAGACGAACUUUGCCUCUGAUCUGCGCCAGAUUUUGCGCAGUGUGUUCCUUAUGAACAUGUCCACCGCCCAGGAGGACAUUGACAUACCAGAAAAGACAAAAGAAUCGGAGCUCUUCGAGUUUCGCGCCUCCGAAAACGAUGUGAUACAAGAAAGCGCCGGCUCCAACCAAAGCAUUUAUUCAGCCGAAGAAGUCAAUCCCGAGCUGGACAAUGUGUUCAACAGCGGUGGCCCCUCGUCGCGUCACUCGGCUGGGGCAACGAUGCAACGCAACAAUACCAUUGAUCUGGCCGCUGUACACGAUGGCAGCGGUGACAGCAGCUCCAGCUCGAACAGCAAUGCAAUGCCUUCAUCAGCUGCGACCACUCGCAAUCACUUGGCACGUAGUCGCAGUCUGGGCGAUCAGGACGCAGCCAGCAGCAGCAUGCAGGAGCAAGAGCAGCAGCAGCAACAACAGGAGGCGCAAUUGCAGCUGCAAAUGCAGCGACAACGCAACAAUUCCGUGGGCAGCAAUUCACCAUCGAGUGCCUCGUCGACAAGUUCCAGCUCGGAGCACAAUUCGCCGGUGAGCACGCGCAACGGCAGCCGGCGCCGCUUGCAGAGCAGCCCAUCAACGCCAACAGCUGCAUCGGCAGCCACAGCGGCUUCGACCACACUGUCGCCGCCUGCCUGGAUUCCCGAUGGCAAGGCACCACGUUGCAUGUCCUGUCAAACGCCAUUCACUGCCUUUCGGCGACGGCACCACUGUCGCAAUUGCGGCGGCGUUUUCUGCGGCGUCUGCUCGAAUGCCUCGGCACCGUUGCCCAAGUACGGACUGACGAAGGCGGUGCGUGUCUGCCGCGAAUGCUAUGUGCGUGAGGUACGUCAAUCGCAGGCACAUGCCGCAACGGCUCAUAGCCAGGCUACAAACAGGCCACAGGCAGCCAGCGCCUCUUAGGACUGGCCAAUGGCGCUGGCAGGCGCAAAGCUCGUGACCAGAACCAUAACCACAACCAGAUCCGCAACGAGUCCCAAGUACACGCCCAACAUAAAGGAGAAGACGAUGAAGAUGAAGAUGAAAAUGAUGACCAAAAGAAAAGUGCCCACUCGAUGCGGAAAUGGAUUGAAAAGCAAACUGUGAAUCGCAAUCGUUCGUCAAAAUUAUUUUCUUUAUUUUACACAUUAAAAUUUAAACAUACAUAUUACAUAUAAUAAUAAUUCCUAGGCAAACUAGACACACUAUAUGCGUAUACAUAACGAUGUUUAAUUAAUAACUGACCAACUGAGUGUCUAUUCAAAAUGUACAAUAAAGCUUCGAUCUAUGUAUUAUAUCCAUGUAACUAUACCAUUCGCAAACUACAAAACAAAAACCAAGCAAAAAUAAGAGUAUAAAAGCUUUCAGCUCAUAUCAAAUAUGUAUAUCAACCCGGAUACCAUAUACUAUAUCCUUAUAUACAGAUGGCCUGCAUUUCAAAUAGAUCAUUUUUCGGUUUUGGGACUGCAUUAGAAAAACGGAUCGCAAUCGUAGCUAAUUUAUUUUUUUUUUGUAAGCUUUCAAUUGUCGUUCUGUUAUUAGCUAACACGAUUUAGGUAUAUAGCGUAUAAUAUGUAUAUAUAUUUUUGUAGCAUCUGAGCGCAAACUGAGCUGAAUAUAAUAGACAUAAAUUCUAGCGAAAAAUUUGCAAAAAACAUUAUUGUGAUUUAUUGUUAUUUACCCACUCCGAGCACACACAACAUUCAUAUAAAAAAAUAUAUAUUCUAAACUAAUAACUUCGAGUUAAUACGUGCUGUGCAGGGUGGGUGAAUAGUUAUAGAUGGUCGGCGUGAAUCGACUAUAUUCUUCUUACUUUAACGAAUCCAUUUUUUUGUUAAUACGUUCUUUAAGCUAGCAGGAAAUUGAUUUGAGCCCUAAUAAAACGCAGUUUUACAUAUAA